CCCGUGACGUGGGCGCGUAAACACGGGAGACAGGAGCACACAAACACGGACAGCUGAUCGUCUGUGCACCACCCUGAAGGACCGGAUUCAAUGAUCGAUCAGGGCGGUGAUCGAUCCGUGUGAUCGGAGGGCUGAGCGUCGGUUUGCAGUGUGUGUGUGUGCGUGUGUGUGUGUGUGUGCGGGGUCAGGGCGGAGGAGAGAUGCGUUGCCUGGUAACAGAAACAGGACUGAGGAGGAAAACAGGCCAACCGUCCCCCUGAAGGAGCUCCAUCACCAUCUCCAGCUUCAACGGUCCAGUCUCUUCAUUCAUCUCAUCAUGUUUGAACUGUGACCUGUGCUUUGGGAUGUUCCUGUAGUCGACGCUGAGGGUGAAGCAGCAUCAUGCCGUGUUCCUGUGCAGAGUGGCGGAGGUGGAUCCGCCCGCUGGUUCUGGUUCUGUACGCUCUUCUGCUGGUGGCCGUGCUGCCGCUCUGCAUCUGGGAGCUGCAGAAGGACAAGGUUGGGACUCACAGUAAAGCCUGGUUCAUCGCCGGUGUGUUUGUCUUCCUGACCAUCCCAAUUUCACUGUGGGGAAUCCUGCAGCACAUAGUCCACUACACCCAGCCGGAGCUGCAGAGACCGAUUAUCAGGAUACUAUGGAUGGUGCCCAUCUACAGUCUGGACAGCUGGCUGGCUCUGCGCUACCCCAAUCUGGCCAUCUACGUGGACACGUGCAGGGAGUGCUAUGAGGCCUACGUCAUCUACAACUUCCUGGUGUUCCUGUUGAACUUCCUCAGCAACCAGUACCCGAGCCUGGUGCUCAUGCUGGAGGUCCAGCAGCAGCAGCCACACCUGCCCCCGCUCUGCUGCUGCCCACCAUGGCCCAUGGGAGAGGUGCUGCUGUUCAGGUGUAAGUUGGGAGUCCUCCAGUACACUGUGGUCAGACCCGUAACCACGGUGAUAGCACUGUAAGUUUAUCAUGGUAAA